AAUAAACUUGCGCGAGUUAUCCGAAAACAUCUUUGUUGUUGACUGGUUGGUCCGUCAGGAAAACUGAUGCACAUCAGUUCAUAAAAGCCUUGUAUUCCCAUGUUUCUAUUGAGGUGAUGCGGUUCCUUAUUUCCACUAGUUUGACAAUGAUUGAUGGUGUCGAAAGGACUUCAUAAUGUCUUCUUUUGUUUAUCCCUUUAAGAGAUGUUAGAGAGUUUAUAAGAGAUGUUAGGACUAACUGAGAGUUUUUGCUGCACUUGCUUCAGCCGAUUUUCUUCACUCGAGCUUCUUCAGCUUGGAGUUUUGAUAGGCCUUCAAAAUAAUUUUCAAAAUACUUUCUCAAAAGCAAAGCUUGAUAUUCAAAAUACUUUACUGAUCAUCGGAACAACAACACCAAAUUCUUGGUUUAUAUUGUGACUCAAUUCUUGAUAUGUCAUUUGUAUUAUGAACGAUUAGUUACAAAACAUAUUAUGUAGUCAAAAUCUAUACCUUUAUGGAUAUAUUAAAAUAACCUUCAACAAAUAGGAUCUAUUCGGAAUAUCCAUGGAUAGAGAAGGACGACUAAGCUUAUAUCAUGAAAGGGCAGCUAUGAAUUAAGGAAAAUAAAUACUAUUCUUAAUCAUUUAGUACUUACUAAUAGUUGUAAAGCACACGGACUCUUUAACUAAAAUAUUUAAAAUAACAUCUCAAGUGUUGCGCCCAUGUGAUGUACUAUAUUUCAUCUCUAUAAAUAGACCAAAUGUUCCAAGAGGUUGCAUACAUCGACACAUAAUACAUACUCGCCUCGACUAUAUAUUAUACACUACAUAUUUAUUUUUCUAAUUCUCGUUUCGGGUUUUUAAUCAAUGGCGAGAAUUAAUGUUUACCUUUUUGCAUUUAUGUUGCUUUUGACUAUUAAACAAGAGCUCGGUUCCGUUGAAGGCCGAACACUCACCACGUCCACCAUCGGGACGGCUGAGGAAAUCAGCGCUGAUGGCUCUGUGCCGCUAUUACCACCGGCUGAGCCACUUCAGCCGCCACCGAGCCACGGUGUUGAUACCUUUAGGCCCACGGUACCUGGACAUAGCCCUGGUAUUGGACAUUCCGUACACAACUAACGGAGAUGGACAAUGGCAUGGUUUAUGUGAUUAUAAAUCAAUGUUAUCUUAAUAUAUGGUACCUUAUUGAACAUAAGCUUGUGCUUAUGUUGUUGUUGGUGUUGGCUUUUUUUUUUCUGAAUGUGAAUUCUUAUUUAAUAUAUGUACUGUUUCGUCAUAUUCAGUUUCUUGCAAGUGUGAUUGUAAUAAUGUUUAGUUAAACCGUGUUUUUCAAUUUAUCAGCUUUUUUUUUUUGAAAAAAAUUAUCAGCUUUUUCUCAUACAUUUUCUACUUUAAAACCGUAUCUAUCAAUUGAGACAUCUCUUCACUGAACUGAACCAUACGAAACUAAACAUAACUUUAACCGGUGCAUGGAUCAGAUAACCUUAGUAUUGGUCCUUCCAGUAGACCAUGUUAACCAAAUAAGGAAAA